AAUUAAUAUCUUCCUGAUCAUGAUGCCAAAAAAAGCAACAUCUAUUUAACAGCCCUCAAUUCCACUCCAGUUGAACACAAUCACCACAUAAACCAUCUCAUCUCAAACAACCGACAUCCAAAUCAAGAAUCAAGAAACAAAGAAAGAUGAGGACCUCAUCUAGCAGCUUCUUCCUCCUCAUGGCCGUCGCCGGGGUCAUGAUCUACGGCGCCACGGGCUGUGGAGAGCCAUUCAAGCAAGAACCCGGAGUCGCGGAGCAUCUCUCCGUGGGCGCAUGGGAGCCGAUCCUGAACCUGAAUGACCCAAGCAUCCGGGAGCUGGGCAGCUGGGCUGUGGCGCAGUACGGGAUGCAUGCCAACUGCAGGCUCAAGUUCAACAAGGUUGUCAGCGGCAGGAAGCAGCUGGUGGCCGGUGUCACCUACGAGCUCUUCAUCGACGCCUCGCCGGAGUUGGUUGCAGCAGGAGGAGGAGGAAGUUCGACGUUCAAGGCCGUGGUUUAUGAGAAGGCUGGGGCUAACAGCCGCAGGCUCGUCUCCUUCGCCAAGGCUAGCUUGUAGAAGUGAUGAUCGUUGUGUACGCCGUGGAAGGGAUUUGAUCAAAUAAAUGAAUGAAAUUGUCCUCUCUUAUUGUCUCGUGUGUUU